CCUCACUGCCUAGCUCAGGUAAGACAGCACAGAGCAUUUUCUGCAUUCAGCCGAUUCUAUUAAACACUGUAGUUCAACACAGUUCAUUGAUUGCUAUAGAUUUAACCAGUUAGAUUGAAAGAUGCUCAUAGGCAUUGAUGAUUAGUUUUUGGAAGUAGGGGUAUGAGUGAUGGUGUGGGCAUAAUUCAUGUUCAGAUAGGAAAAGCGUUAAGCUUGAACUUUUUAAAAAAACCUUCAUUGGCAAAGGGGCGCCUGGGUGGCUCAGUCAGUUAAACGUCUGACUUUGGCUCAGGUCGUGAUCUCACAGUUUGUGAGUUUGAGCCCCACAUUGGGUGAGCUCAAGCCCUGCCUCGGAGAGCACGAGCCCUGCUUCAGGAAUUCAGAGCUGGGAAAAUUGAGCCGAGUCAUCCCAGCUGGCGACCCCCGCCCCCCUCCCCCGGAAACAGCGGAUAUCGGAGUAGCCCGGGACCCCAGGCUCCAGCCGCACCUGCUGCACUUGACCACGUGACCGCCACAGUCCCAUGGACCAAACACAAAGAAGAAUCCUGGGCCAGCCCCUGCCGAUCCCCACCACCCAGCCUAAGAAGAAAAGGACGUCAAUGGUGUCUUUCUUUUCCAAGAUCUCUUGGACAGUGAGUCUCCAGAAGCAGGAGCCUCCGAAGAACGUGUUUUUCAUCUUGGCAGAAAGAGCCCAGGACCCCAGUGCUAAAAAGCGUCACAUGGCAAUGAGAGGCCUGGGAGCAAUGGCCUCUGAGACCCCUGACAAGGUGAAAAAAUAUAAGAAAAUUGUCCUAGACCUGCUGGUGCAUGGCCUGUAUGACCCUGUGAGUGCUGACGUCAUCCACGAGAGCAUGAAGACUCUGACCAUCAUCCUGGGCAAGAUCCAGGGGAAAAGUUUGGGCUCCUUCUUCAUAGACAUCACUCUCCAGGCCAGGACUUUACUAGAUGACGAGAAUGACAACCUGAGAUAUUCAGCCUUUGUCCUGUUUGGGCAAUUGGCGGACUUUGCUGGGCGGAAAUGGAAGAGAUUUUUCACCAGUCAGGUUAAGCAGACUCAAGAUUCCCUCCUGACACAUUUACAGGACAGAAAUCCCCAGGUGGCCAAGGCUUGCAAAACAACAUUUCGAGCCUGUUCUCCAUAUCUGAAAGAAAGAAAGGAAUACAGCCUCCAGAGUGAAGCAGAUCAAAGGAACCCUAAACUCUGCCGGCAGCUGAGCCACUAUCAUCCAGAGCUCCUGCAGUUCCUCUAUGCAAAUAGGAUUCUGUAAACACAGAGCAGCAGGGAAAUUGUUCCAGUGAGCACCUUGCAGGGGGCCGAGAGUCCCCCUCUUUUAACUCUUCUGGAUGCUUCUGCUUGCCUCUUGUGUUUGUAAUAGCAAACAGGAUGCUGGGAGAACAGAUGAUGGCAGUUGCAUGGAUUUGUAUAAUUAUAUCCCAAGCAAAUUCUAAAUUGCUUCUAUAUAUAUCAUCUUCUCCCCAUACAAAUUUGAUGAGAAGGUGGGAAAACUAAGGCACGGGGAAAUUAAGUAGCUUGCCCAAGAUGACCCAGUGAAUGGAUGGAGCCAGAAUUCAAAUCUGUAUGGACGGACUGCUGGAACAUUUAAUUACAAUGUGAUUCUGCUUCAAUGUGGAAUAAUUGACAGAUGGUUAGAAACGUAAAAAACAAAACAAAAACACAUUAAAAAACUGCCUAGCUGCUGCUCUAUUUAACUCAGUUAACUUUUGCUUUUAUAUGUGCUAAGUACACAUUUUUAUUAAUUAAAUUUGUGAUCUGAGUAUAUAUUUGUAUUUGUCACCUCUUGGCUAAUUAGGUCAAUUUUGGUGACCAAUUCUAGUCCUAUGAGGGAUCACAUGGCUCUUGUAAAAAUUUCAGGAAAAAUAUCUUCAUCCCUCCGACCUUCCAUCCAACCAGUUUGCUUCCCAAGCUUCUCCUAUAGAAAUUCUGGUAUUACCACUGAACUUGGCAUUCAGACUAUACUGGACAAGUCUGGGAAAUGGAAAACAUAAGAGGGUAAUAAAGGCUGUAGAGGAAUCUUAAUGUCAUUCUGAAAACCAGGAACUCAAUCUUCUGCUCUAGCUCUCCAGAGACAGGGCCUUGUAACACAGAUGAGGGCUGAGUUGUCUCCUAGGAGAGACAAGGAUGUGGCAGUUGGCGGAAGGGGGAGUUGGAGCACGAAUGGGUUUUCUUUCUUCCUAUUUUGAAGCUGGGGUACAUGACCUGGGGAGCUCUUGGGAGUGACACAGGCUCAGGAGCAGGAGGGAUGGUUCUGAGCUGAGAGCCCUCUCCCUUCCCAGAUGUUGGCCUGUUUGAAACUAUGUUCCAAGGUCCGUUUAGAAUCUGAUGCAGUUCGAUUAAGUGAUCAAUAGUGGCUUGAGAACUGCAUUUUGCUAGCAUGCAAAAAGGUGGAGGUAGAGUGAGGCAGGCAGGUUAUGUGCUGUAGAGCAGAAACAUCUAUGUACUUAACGCCCGUUAGCUGGUUAAAAUUGUGGAAGAUGCUGUUGAAUUGACUUUAAGAUUUCUGGUAGACUGGUAACUCUGGUGGCCUCCAAAGAAUCAUGCCUCCUGUUAUUCAUGCCCUUGUGUAGACCUCUCCCCUUGAAUCUGGGCUGACUUUGUGACCCACUUUAACCAUUAGAAUAUGCUGAAAAUACCACCAUGCCAAUUAUAAGCUACUUUUUAAGAGCUUCCUUUUUUGUGCUCCGGGUGAAGCCAGCUGCCAUGUAAGAAGUCAGAUUACCAGAAACAAAGAAGAAUGUCUGAGACCACCAUUUUGGAAGGAAAACCAAGCUAACCACAUGCAAUGCCUUGUGGAGGAGAGCUGAGGAACUCAACCUACAAUGAAGUAUGAGGUCCAGAUGUACGAUACAAGUUGGCCAUUCCAGCCAGACCUCAGUUGUUCAAGCUACCCCAGCUGACACCCCAUGGCAAAGAGAUGAGCUAUCUCCAUGAAGCCCAUCCAAAAUUGCAGAAUCGUAAGCAGGUUAAUCAAAUCAAAUCAUUGUUGUUUUAAAUCACUAAUUUUUGGGAUAGUUUAUUACUCAGCAAUAAGUAACCAAAAAAGAUUCCUUAUCAUUAAUUUGUCUUUUGGCCAGUUUCAUUUUGCUCUUAAUAAGUCCACUUUGAGUUUGAACUACAUUUCUAGAAGGUAAUCAUGGAGCUCUGUGGUGAGAGCAGGGACACCUUGCUUUUGUACCGCAAGCCAUGCCUUGUUUUCCUUUUUGUAUCUCACCAAAUGUAUCACAGCACCUAGCACGUAGCAGAUGAUCAAGAAAUAUUUGCUGAAUGACUAAAUAGUUCCAAAUUGUAGUGGGAAUAGAGUCCAAACUAGUUUGCUAUUCUGG